UUCAGCCGUCGUUUUAACCAUGGUCACUGUGACCGGAAUGUACUUCGUCUUACUGACUUGUCCCUGUUAUGUAAUGUUCCAAAAUGUCAGCCCUGUAAAUGUACAAUAAAAUAAAGUCCCAAAUUUUGUCUUCAGUUGUAAACAUAAAGAUAACUACAGAUAUGGUGUCACUGCCUCCUCCCUGUCUCUCUCUAGUCUUCUGAUAAGAUCACCUCUUCUUCUCAGAUUGCUUUCUUCAAAGGGAAAUCCUUUUUGAAAAAGAAAAUGAAGUAAGCUUGCUUCAAAAUUUUUGUUAAAGAAGGCGGCAAAAUGGGGGAAGAAGAGCAAAACCAGAACUCAACAGAAUCUUUCACGACAACGAAAUCCAGUCUCAGGCAGGCCAUUGAGGUUAUAUCUUCUUCGAUUUCUCUUUCUCAUUCUAUCAAAGUUUUCACUGUUAAAUGGCAACGUAUUCGGAAGAAGCUAGAAGAGUUAAGCUCCGGCUUAAUGGCAGUCGAAAACUGUGAUUCAAACCAACAUACAUCAGUCUUUUCUGGCUUGGUUCCCUCCGUUUUGGCCACUGUAAAUGAGUGUCAUAAUCUGGCAAGAAGCUGUGUGGAUCUUUCCUACAGCGGAAAGCUCUUGAUGCAAAGUGACCUAGAUGUGAUGAUUGCAAAAUUCGACAGCCAUUUAAAGAAUCUUUCCAGGAUUUACACUGCCGGGAUUCUGAGUCAGGGUUUUGAGAUUGUGGUUUCAAGGCCUGGUCUUGGAGCUUGCAAAGAUGACAUGAGGUUUUACAUUGGAGAUCUGUUGACAAGAAUGAAGAUAGGCGAUAUAGAAAUGAAAAGGCAAGCCUUGGUUAAUUUAUACCAAGUUGUGGAUGAAGAUGAGCGGUAUGUUAAACUUGUAGUGGAAGUUUGUGACCUUGUGAAUGUGAUAGUAAUCUUUCUCGAUUCACCAGAGAUGGAGAUUCAAGAGGAGGCUUCGAAGAUCGUGUCCUUAAUAUCUGGGUUUGAUAUGUGUAAGGGGGUUUUGGUUGGUUCUGGGGUUAUCGGGCCUUUGGUUCGAGUUCUGGAAAAUGGCAGUGAUUUGGGUAAAGAAGGAGCUGCUAGGUGUCUUCAGAGAUUGACUGCAAAUUUAGACAAUGCAUGGUCGGUUUCAGCUCAUGGUGGGGUGACUGCCCUUUUGAAGAUAUGUUCAAGCGGUGAGCUUAGAGGGGAAUUACUUGACCUUUCUUGUGGGUUGCUGAGGAAUCUUGUGGGUGUUGAAGAGAUUAAGAGGUUCAUUGUUGAAAAAGGUGCCAUUGCGACUUUUAUCAAGCUUGCGAGUUCGAGAGAAGAAAUCGUGCAGAUAAAUUCAAUUGAGUUCCUUCAAAAUAUAGCUUUUGGGGAUGAGUCGGUUCGUCAAAUGGUGGUUAGAGAAGGAGGAAUUCGUGCAUUGGUAUGCGUUUUGGAUCCGAGAUCAUCGACAUCUUCGAAGACAAGAGAAGUAGCAUUGAGGGUAAUUGAGAAGCUAUGUUUCUCUUCACAGAAUUGCAUAAAUAUGUUGAUGAAUUAUGGGUUUAUGGAUCAAUUAUUCUUCUUCCUACGCAAUGGUGAGGUUUUGGUUCAAGAAUCGGCACUAAAGGUAACGUCUAGGCUUUGUGAAACAUCAGAAGAGGCUAAAAAGGCAAUGGGGAAUGCUGGUUUCAUGCCUGAGCUUGUCAAAUUGCUCGAUGCAAAGUCAUAUGACGUGAGAGAAAUGGCAACCAAGGCACUCUCUAACUUGGUCUCAGUUCCGAAAAAUCGAAAACGAUUUGUUUAAGACGAUCGGAACAUAGGUUAUCUCCUUCAAUUGCUUGAUCAAGAGGCAGGCAUAUCAAGUAACAGAAAGCUCUUACUCUCUAUACUAAUGUCAUUGACAAGUUGCAAUAGUGGAAGAAGAAAAAUUGCCAGUUCGGGAUAUCUAAAGAACAUAGAAAAACUUGCUGAAGCUGAAGUUACUGAUGCCAAAAGACUUGUCAGGAAGUUAUCUGCCAACAGAAUUCGUAAUAUUCUAAGUAUAUUCUGGCAUUCUUAUAUGUAAUUCUUUUUUGUUUUGCUUACUGUAUAUCUGCAUAAGUGCUUUGCAAGUC